GCGGCCCGGAGUGUCCGCCGCUGUGACUGUCAGUUCCGGUGAGGUGAGGCCGGCCGGCGGAUGGGGUCCGGAUGAAGCGUCGGUCGGUGCCGGGUGAAGGUGGCGCGUUUGGCGGGAGCGGAGUCGGGGCCGAGACCAUCAUGAUGGCCUGAGGAGGGCUGUGCCAGUGUCUACUACAGAGUCUCCACUGCUGCUCUGGCUGAGAUCAGUUAACACAGCACAGACUUGGGAUGGACAUUGGAGUGCAGUGCCAAACCAUACUCGAGUGUGUAAGAGACAUGGCUGAGUCGGUGCUGAUUACCUCUGUGAUAGACAAUGCCUAUUUGCCAAGCACAAGAGCACAGACUGGCAACAGGAUGAAGAAUUCCAAUGAUGAGCUAGUCGAGUACAGUCCUAGUUCUGCUGUGUUUCGAUCUGCAGCUGCUACUGGAAAGGAGUUACUUCUGAACAGAAAGCGACCAUUUGUUGGACGGUGCUGCCAUGUGUGCUCUCCAAUAAGCAGGGAUAAACUUUUCAAUACCAGCAUCCCUUCCCAGGGCUUACGGAAUGUGAUCUAUAUUAAUGAAACUCACACCAGGUACCGAGGUUGGCUGGCACGUCGUCUCUGCUAUGUCUUGUUUAUUCAGGAAAGAGAUGUGCAUCGUGAUAUGUUUCCAAGGAAUGUGAUUGAGAACGUUUUAAAUAGCAACAGAGUUCAGAUGGCCAUUAUGGAGACGGUAACUGAAAAGAUACCAGUGGAGACUCUUGCUCAGCCAGAUCCCAAAGCUGUGGGUAAAGUAAAGCGAAAAGCUAGAGGAAUCCUUCAGCAAAUGGUAGCCAAUAUCUCACCUGUUGUGAUCAGAUUGACAGGUUGGGUGUUGCUAAAGCUGUUCAAUGGCUUCUUUUGGAGCAUUCAGAUUCACAAGGGGCAGCUUGAAAUGGUUAAGAAAGCUGCAGCAGAGCAGAAUGCCCCAUUGAUCUUUCUGCCAGUUCACAAAUCUCACAUUGACUACCUGCUGCUCACUUUCAUUCUGUUCUGUCAUAAUAUCAAAGCACCACACAUUGCUGCUGGGAAUAAUCUGAAUAUCCCUAUUUUCAGCACUCUUAUAAGAAAAUUAGGUGGCUUCUUCAUCCGUCGGAAGUUGGAUAUUGGUGCAGAUGGACGGAAGGAUAUUCUAUAUCGAGCUGUCCUACGUGUGUACAUUGCGGAACUUCUCCGUCAGCGGCAGUUUAUGGAAAUAUUCGUGGAAGGCACACGGUCUCGGAGUGGUAAACCAUACAUGGCCAUGACAGGCCUUCUUUCUAUCGUGGUUGAUAGCCUCUAUGAAAACACUGUUACCGACGUUAUGAUUAUUCCAGUGGGAAUCUCAUAUGACCGGAUCAUUGAAGGCAAUUACAAUAGUGAACAGCUGGGAAAACCCAAAAAGAAAGAGAGUCUGUGGGGUGUUGCACAAGGAGUGUUCAGAAUGCUUCGUAAAAACUUUGGCUGUGUCCGAGUAGACUUUGGACAGCCAUUCUCUGUUAAGGAAUACAUUGAUGCUCAAAGAAACCGUCCAUUACCUGCAGCCCUCUCUCUUGAGGAAAUCCUUCUUCCGUCUAUUAUCACUGAUAGACCAGGCCUUGACUUCGCUGAACCUGAUCAGGUUCCAAUUAUAAAUUCCAGAGAUUUUUCAGAUGAACAAUACAGGCGCCAGCUGAUUUCCAAUGUAGCCAAGCAUGCGUUGUUCACUGCCAGUAGAUGCUCUGCUGUGAUGUCCACUCACAUUGUUGCCUGUUUGCUGCUUUACAGGCACAGGAAGGGUGUCCACUUAUCAAAGUUGGUAGAAGAUUUCUUCUCUAUGAAGGAGGUGGUAUUAGCUCGGGAUUUUGACCUGGGCUUUUCUGGAAAUUCAGAAGAUGUUGUUAUGCAUGCACUGCAUUUACUAGGUGAUUGUGUCAAUGUCAGAAGCUCCCGGCGCAACAGUGAGUUCUUUAUUGCUCCAACCACGACAAUUCCAGCCCUAUUCGAGCUGAAUUUCUACAGCAAUGGUAUUUUCCAAGUUUUUCUCACAGAAGCAAUACUUGCCUGUUCCCUCUGCGCUAUUCUAAAGGAGAAAAUUACAGAACCAGAGCAAAUGGAUCUAACAGUCAGCCAAGAAAGACUUAUUCGCACAGCUGCUAGUCUGUGCCAUCUCCUUUCCAAUGAAGUAAUGGUAGCAUUGCCCUGUCAGGCAGUGUACCAGGUUUGCCAUGACGCUGUAGGAAAGUUUAUUCAGUAUGGCAUUCUGAUGGUGGCAGAGGAGGAUCUGAGCCCCAGUCCUACAGAAGAGACAUGGGCUAAUAAAUAUCCAGAUGGUCUAUCAUGGAGGAGUGAUGAAGAGGAUGACAGUGAUUAUGGGGAAGAGCAGCGAGAUCGUUAUCUAAAGGUGAGCCAAUCUCAGGAUCAUCAGGAGUUCAUCACUUUCCUACAGAGACUGUUGGGCCCUUUGUUGGAAGCUUACUUUGCAGCUGCUGUUUUUAUUCAAAGCUUUAGAGUUCCAGUUGAAGAAACUGAAUACAUCAGCAAGUUUCACAAAUAUCUAUUAUCCAGAACAGAAAUGAAGAUUGCAGUAUUUGGCGAGAGUGCCACCUUCUGCCUUGCAAAAAGUGCAGUGAAGACUCUUAAAGACCUUGGGGUUUUCAAAGUGCAGAAGAGCGGGAGCUCCAUCUUGGAACUGAGCAACACUUUUCUACCUCUCAUCAAUCGACAAAAACUGCUGGAGUAUAUCCUUAAUUUUACUGUAACAUAGAAAUUGCUGGGCAAGUUGGCAGGUGAUUUAUUGACAUGGACUGAUUAAUCCAUUUGAAUUGGACAAUUAACAUUUAAAAACAGAAAUGAAUAUUUUACUUGCCGCAUUCUCUAAUUUGUUUUAGUUUCACUGUUUUAGUGACGAGCAUAUGGCUGAAUGUCUUUUCUCACUCACCAUGCAUUCUGACUUAACAUACCAUUCCAUUCAGUGUCGCCUAUCUGUGUCUUUUGAUGCGGGUAUAUGAAAAUGUAGUCCACUCAGGCGACUGCCAUCAUUGUUGCUGGCUCGUUGAAUAUACUGAUAUCUUAUGAUAGCCCUAGAAACUGAAAAAGUUUGUCUGACCUUUAGUGCUUAUGUAAUUUGUGCUUGUUAUUUAAUUUGAAGACAUUUUACAUUAUUCCUGAGAAGUUGUGUAAUAGGCCAUUAAGUGUAGUGUCAAAUUCAGCAAUAAUGAAUGAGGUAUCAAAUUAUCCUGGGUUCUUGGGACACUGGGGAGCAUUGUUGCCAUGCAAGAAAGCCAUUUGCUAAAACAUUCUGCUGUGCUAAAACCCAAGUGAUCCGACACUGUGAGUUCUUUUGAGAUUAGGCUGUGGACUUUCUGCACAAAGAACUUUUGGUCAGCAUCCGCCAUUCUCCAGACUUCAUAUCAGUACCUUUGAUACAGUUCGAUCGUUCUGUAUUCAGGAGUGAACCUGUGUACUUGCUAUGGGCUUUAUGAGAGGUCUUCACCUAAACCUAUCUUUAACACCAACCACUUUCUACUGAAAGAUCAACUAUUUGCAAAAAUGACAGUCUUUGGAAUAAUACAAUCAUAAAAUUUAUGCUACCUAAUGUACUUUCAAUAGAUAUGUUAUCUUUUAGGGAAUCUCUUAAAUGAUUAUAUAUGGCUCUGAUUCUUCCCGUUGGCUGACAUUGGUCAUAUUACAUUUAUCUUAAUAAAGAUAUUUUCUUCCACCUGUAGCUGCAACCCUAUCCCAUGUAUUGUAGCCAUAUAGGGGACAGCAUCAGACUUGGUCUCUGCUUUCCAGCAGUGCUGCAUGAAAUAGCUAUGCCAAGAAGCAUAUAAUAAAUUUGUGGGGUUAAUGUGGCCUCAGCUGCAAGGAGAUAUAAAAGAGUAAUCCAAUUGAUGUAUGCCCCUUUUUACCCUUUCCCAUAUACCUUGUUCUCUUUUCCUUUUCUCUCUCUUUCUUAGCCACUGCAACUCCACGCCCUCCAACAAAACUCCUGACCAAAUUGACACUGGGAACUUGCUACUUGAGGAGUCAAAAUUGCUGAUCCAUGCUGUGCCACACUGUCCUGCAUUAAUGACUGAUUGCAUUGACAGUUAUUUGAUCUGUACUUUGUGUGUGCUGGAUUACAGACUGCUUUAGGUUUACUGAAAAACAUGCUCAGCAUAAGUACUUUGAUUAAAUCUGAAGUAUGUAGUGAACAAGAAAAAAGCCAUAUAACUUCAAAAAGGCCAAAUGUUUACAGCAGACACUAAUUAUACCUCGGCAGAAACACAGUCCUUCCAGUAAUUAUAUCUAUUUUGUGGCAAGCAACAUGCUGUAAUAAUACUGUGCAUGGUUACUAACCUAAAGAUUCUUAAGUUCAAAUCCCAGCCUGAUGGCUAUUGUAACUAACCAGCCCUCACAAUGUACCUCCCCCAACAUUCAGAUUGCCCACUGUAUGGUAAUAAUGUAUUUUGGCGGUGGGGGGGGGUGCAGUGGUGGUGUAAUGGAGAUAAAAUAGCUUUUAGACCAUCCCAGGUUUUUGAAUGUGCAUCUGUUGCUAGAUGAUUACAGAUCAACCUUUGUAUCUGUGGAGUCUGCAGCAUUGUCACUGACAGUUUUCAAAAUACUGGAAAAGAUGGUGCCAGCGCAUGGAACCACUUUGAACUUUGCAUUAUCUUAUUGAAGCAACCACUCCCAACAUAGAGUCCAACUCAUUCCUCUGAUGACACUCAUCAACCUUAAAUUUAAGAGUACUUACCACUAUUGUGUGGGCAUAAGAUUCGUACCACCCACAAUAUUUUGUCUUAUCCUCUAAAAGGAGAGAUUUUCUAACUAGAAAUUUUAUGCUGAGAAUACCAUCAGUAAGAGAAGUUUAUUUCUGUGAGCUGCAUUUCCAAUUUGAAUCUCUAGAGAAACAAUAGUAAAUCUUAUAAUGGUGGACUAUAGAAAUAUAAAGAAAGAAACACUUCAGUCUCAUUUAGAAAGGCUGGGAUUAGGAAACCAAUUUGUUGCUGUGAAAUGUGUAAAUACUGUAAUACAUUAACAUUUUGUACAUGUUAUUUUAUUGUGUAUCUAUUUAUUGAAAGUCUCAACUGUUCCCUCUUCAUAAAGUUGACACAAACUCAUGCUGGUUGAAUCUUGGGAGAAAAGAAGUUAGGCCUUAAUGGUUAAUGUUCCACAUUGUAUAACUGAAUAACUUCGCAAAUCGCCCUUGUGGAAAACAUCACCUUUGUGUUAGACCAAAGAGUUCCCACAACGUAGUUGCACUGUAUUUUAGCACAUUUUUGUUCCAUUUCUUGUGUACAUCCCAUUUCUAAUAUAUGCAAUAUGUUAUAUGUAAAAAGAGGACAUGACAUGCUGCAUUAUUUGAUGUUUCAAUUUUAUGAGUGAGUGACUGCGGAACUCGAGUUGUUUUCCUGCCUUGUGCUUGGAUGGUGGCAGAACUGUACCAUAUGCUCCUGGCAUAGGAAGGGGUUUAAAAGAAAAAACACGUGCUGUAAAUACACAAUAAAAACAGAAACUUUAACCUGUAUUUUCUCUUUCAGAUGCUGACUGACCUGCUGGUGGAUUUCCCAGCAGUUUUUGUUCAGACUUAGUUGUUUGUAUCCUAAGUGUCUUUUUCUUUUGACUCUUUUUAGCUUUUUAAAAUCAGUCUUGUGUUACAAUACCAGGGUAAGAAAAGAGCAAAGGUUUCCUUCUAGGGGUAGGAUAUUCUGAAGGUACAGACAGCUUAAAGGUAUUGGGAAAUAUAAGUUUUUGGUGUGUGUGUUGGUGAGAACAGAAUUCUCACAUUCUUUAAAACAGUGAUAUAAAUUGAAAGAUGUUUUAUGUAAUGAGGUGAACAUAUAGCAGGUUUUAACUAGCUGAAAAGCAUUAGCUGGAAAUAAUUGCACUGAUCUAUUAGGCUCAGGACUGUGAAAUAACCUAGAUUACUAGAAGCCUUAAUUAUAUGGUGCUUCCAAAAGCAAGAAAGAGCUUAAACCAUUAUCAUAGCCAUACAGGAAAUAAAUGUGUCAAGGAUGCAAACACACAAAACAUUCAUAGCAGUACACUGUCUUUUCACCAUAUUUAUCGUAUUAUCUGCAUUUUGGUAUGUUCUGUUCUUUAAAAAAAAUCUGUAAAAUCUGAAUCUAUUUCGAGAUGAUUUAGAUUUUGUGGAAAUCACUGUGGAAGAUAAAUGACCCUCUCACCAUUUUAAAUUGUUUCCUGCUUUCAACUUGGCUGUUGUCACAAAUUCAGCUAACCCAAGGGCUAUUUGUGUUUUAAUACCAGUAAACAAGUCCCAAAAUAAAGUAAUUCCCCAUCCCAGGACCUGCUUUCUUUUUACCUUCGCUUCCUGAAGGCUAUGAUUCGUUGGGAUACAGUAUCAUGAAUACAGUAACAUCGGCCUCCCAGUACCCCAGAAAGUGGCCUCUUUUCAUGAAUGGGCCUGGUUAUACAGCGUGUGCUGCAUAUCAAUCACACAAGCUUUCGCAGCUUAGGCUGAUCCCACCCUUGCUUGACAACGGCAACUGCAUACACCCAAACAGAUGGUCUUUGCAGUGGGGACGGGGAGUAUCGCAUUGAGAUCAAGAACAGAAAUCCCAGCCAAUUUAAUUCCCCCCAACCCUUGCCCAGAGACAGUGAGGCUGAGAAGAUCAGAAUCACAGACUACGAAUUUAAACUUAGCACCUUUAUAGUCUGGAACAUUUGGUUAGCACAUUAUAUAUUUAGUGAACCACUGGGGGAAUUCUAUCAAAUACAUGUUGGAUGUUUCACCUAAUUAUGUACUUCUAAGUUUCCAAUGUAUACUAAUGACAUUACUGCAACUUUAGCAACAUCUGUUUUAAUGUCAUAUGAAGUGAAUAAACAUAGGUAAAAGUACAAAACAUGAAAAGGUAUAACUCAGUCUUUAGGGUAUUAUAUUAGUGACCUUAUCCAUGUUCUGGCGGAUAAUCUUGACCAAGUUGACAACUUCAAGGACUAUAUCCUUCCAUUCGUAUGAAACAAAGGCACAUUUCACCUUCCCAGGUCAAUCUCUUUCACACUGCUGUAACCAUACACUUGUUCAUCUCUGUUUUGGUGAGGGAUAAGCUUAUAAUUGAGGAGGUUACUGUUUUCUUUAUGACGCAAAGUGGUGACAGACUGGCAAAGUAUGAAAAUUUCAACAUUCUAUUUUUUUAAAUUCAGCCCAAGGAUGUUGCAAAUUAGUAAUGGAUGGAAAUUGAAAUGUUAACAUUAGACACUAAGAUUGGGGUUGUAGUGUUCUUAGACCCAGAGGAGUUGAGCUGGACCUGUUUUGCUGCCAGCACUGGUAACUGCAGUACUCAUAUCAGUUCUGGUCUAAGCUACUGCAUGGAAUUAGUUUUUGACUAUUGACUAAUGCCUGCCAAAGGCUGAAACUAUUAAUAAGGGGAUACUCUUUCAGAUUUGCACCUUUUUGGUUCUACCUAUUAUAUAAGCAUAGUUAUUUUACCCUUUUUAGAUGAGCAUAUAUUGUACCACAAAACUAUUUUAGGGCAGUGCAAUGCAUUUUGAAGAUUAUUAACCACUAAAGCUCAGUUGUACAAAACAAAGCUGCUUUUGCCCUUGAUAGGUAGGAGUCUUGAGAAUGUUUGGAAAUAUGACAGAAAAACUUAGUUCUUGCUCAGGAUAUAAUCAUUACCGCAGAACCAAAAAAGGGCUGUGACAUUGUUCCUGUACAGUUUUGGGCUGUUGUCUAUAUGUAUGUAGUUUUCUUUGUGGAGACAGCAAAGGGGGGCAAUGAGAAUAUGCAAGCGCUGAAAUUUUUUUUUUGACUAUUAAUUGUGAUCUUGAUGUUUAAAAUGCAAAUUGGAGGAGACAGAUCUCAAAGAUCCUGUAUCUGGUUUGAGGAGAACUGUUUGUCACUUUUAUAAAAUAAAAAUUUAUAAAAGAGAUUUGUGCUGCUUUUUUCAGUUUUCUGGCCUAUCAGUUAUUUGUCGAUGGUUUGUAGUCUACUCAAUACGCACCCUAAGUUUCUUAUACCAGCUGGUUUUCAGUAACAGCCCAUCUAAAAAUAUAGGGCACAGGCUGUAUUCUUCAGGAUCUACACACGAGAAAAACUUUCUUUAAGAAUGCAAUAACAUCUGCCUCCCUUUUUUCCCUAGACUUUCAUGUGAAGAGCAGAUAAAGUGGGAAAAAUAAACAUGAGCCAUAGCCUAUUAUGGGCUAAAGCACAAAUGGAAGUUUUACAGCAUUGACCCAACAAAGUAGGCAAUUAGCUUUUAGCCAAAUUUAGAGGUUAUAAUAAUGAAGAAAGGCUUGUGAAGUUGAAGAGUUUUUUUAAACUGGUGUAGGGAAGGCUAACUGUUUCUGAUAGAGGUUUUUAAAGGAUAAAUAGAUAUGCGUAGAAUUUUGUGGGCGUUCUCCAACCUUCCUUAAUUGGAAAUCCUGGGGAAACAAUCUUUACUACGUAAAUAGUCAUUUCUAUAAGGUUUCUGAUGAAGUAACGGUGGGAAGCCAGAAGAAUCCCUCAUAAAAUUUCAACUCUGGUGUUUCUGUUGGUUGGCAAAUCAGUAAUAAUGGAGCACAGGCUCAGGAUUAUUACUUGAAGAAUAAGAACAUAAGUUAAAAGGAAAUUAAAUUUCCUUUUACACAGAGGGUUACUGGAAUAUUUUACUGCCACAUAACAUUAAAAAAAGAAACUGGACAAAUAGUUAAAAAGAGCAAUAUAAAACAACAGAACAAUGGAGUAGGUUGGGAUAGUUUCAGUUGAAGAGCUGCUACUUGUGAGACGGACCAAAUUAUCUUUACCGACAUUUUCUGAUUCUUUCAGAAUAAAUUUUAAUUGUUGACCAACCUAUUGACACUGAUUCUAAACUAUUUUGGUUUGUGUUACAAUAAUUCUUCUGUAUACUGCAGUUACACUUAAGGUCUUUGACCAUUUUUCUACGAUCAUACAUACGGAUUGCGAUUUAUGCAAAGUUUACUCAAGUUUAAAAAGAAAGGCACUGAGAGAAAAGGUGGUUAAAAUGCAAUUUUUCCAAUAAGAUACUAAACACUGAUUUUUUUAAGCUUGUUUCCUGUAAUUGAUGAAUGCCUUGCGCCCAUUGAGAAGCCUCUGGUCCAGGCAAAUCUUCCUUUUUGGUUAUGAACACAAUUCUGAAAUCAAAACAAUUUUUAAAAUUGAAGCAGGUUUUGGUAGGCUCAAAUUUGGCAUGUAGGAAGGAGCUGUUUUGUUUAAGUCAAGUAAAGCACCCAUUUAUAUGGGAUGUGUGGCAUGUUUAUUGUUCUGCAUAGUAUGAAGAUGAGUUGUACUGAUUGAAAUAAGUGAACCAAUCAUAAUUUUGUUCUGUAUGUUCACCUGUGAAAUAAAGCAGCUUAAUAAUU